GACUGGGGGAAUUACUCUGGAGGGAAAGGAAGGUGUGGCAGGGUGGUGGAGUUUUUGCUUUCAUUCUGUUAAAAUUCAUGGCCAAGCUAAAGGCCUUUGGGGACUGCCAGAGUCUAAGCAACCCACCUGGAAAACACUAGGGGAGCUGGCUGGACAGAAGUGACAGUCAAAUCUGAAGUGAAACGUGGCGCACGGGCUGUCCUCGGCCCUAGCUAAAAGGGUUGCGUGGGAGGGAGACAACCCGUGUCUUGAGCCGCGCUAGGCGCGGCGAACGCGGGCUUGAGCUGGGUUGGUCCCCCACAGUCGCUGGGAGACCGUGGGAGGUUAGGACCCUUCCGUGGAAGCAUUCAGAUGCCCACAUCCGGCCCUGCCGGGUUGACACUGAGCGCCCAGACGGGUAGUGGUUGCGCCCCUCGCCUAGACUUCCCUAGUGCCCGCCACCCCAAAGGGCGCGGGCCUCUGCGACCCCCCGCAGCAGCCCCUGUGGGUGCACGAGCUGCCCCGUGUUUCCCCGGUCCGGAAACCCCACCUUGAGGAAGGAUUCUCUGGUUUAAAUGGGUAAUUUUGACCCACUCUUCAUUCACCAAAAUCCUCUACAGGCUUCUCCCCCGCACAUCCUCCUCCCACCAGGUUUCCUUAGACGGGUGUGCUCCAGUGUGAGACCACGGGAGGAAGAGAGAGCCUGGAAGGGACGCGGUUGGAGUCGCUAGAGGGAGGUGUGGGACCGGCGAGGAGGGGGCUUCGCGAGGAAGGGGGUGCUGGCAGGCGGAGGGAGCGGCGGAGGAGGUGCUGGGGGUGGAGACAGAGGCCCAGGGACGGUCUACGAGGCUUCGCCCGAGCCGAGCGCUCUUUCUCUCUCYGCACCGUCUCCAAGCCUCUCGGGCUCGUGUGGACCGCGAGGCCGCCGAGGUGCUCGGCGCCGCCUGCGCCGCCGCUGCUCUCGGGAGAGAGCUGGCCCCGGGUGCGCACGCUCGGCCGAGCCCAGGCGCGCCCCGCGCCCGCGCCUGCUGACAGCUGCAGCUGGGCUCGCGCUGUCCGCUCCGGGCUCCGCGGCCUCAGCCCCUCUGCACUCCGCCUCCACCCGUUCGGACUCCCUCCCCUCCACCCUUGCCCCUGGUGUGGAUCGUUUCGCAACUGCUCGCCUGUCGCCCCGUGCCCGACUGUUUUUCCCUUUCCCUGCUCCUUCUUGAGUACUUUGCCCCCUACAUUUGGGGAGAGGGGCUAGAAAGGGAACAGGCGAAGCGUCUAGGGAAGAAGGAAGCGAGGCCCACAGGCGGAGGAGGAUCGGCGGACUGUGGGGAGGAGACCCCACACCACCCUUUCUGGUCAUCUCCCCUCCCGCCCCGCCCCUGCGCACACUCCCUCGCGGGUGAGCUACUUUGGGACGAGGAAAGUGAGGGCGGCUCUGGGUGACAGCGCCGCGGGGCCAGUCCCAGGGAAGACGCGCGUCUGCUCGCCUCUCGCCAGUCGCGCUCCCAGCCAGGGCACAGCCCGGACCGAGGAUGGCAUCGACCACCACCUGCACCAGGUUCACCGACGAGUAUCAGCUUUUCGAGGAGCUCGGAAAGGGAGCAUUCUCAGUGGUCAGAAGAUGUAUGAAAAUCCCUACUGGACAAGAGUAUGCUGCCAAAAUUAUCAACACCAAAAAGCUUUCUGCUAGGGAUCAUCAGAAACUGGAAAGGGAAGCUAGAAUCUGCCGUCUUUUGAAGCACCCCAAUAUUGUGAGACUUCAUGACAGCAUAUCGGAAGAGGGCUUCCAUUACUUGGUGUUUGAUUUAGUUACUGGAGGUGAACUAUUUGAAGACAUAGUGGCAAGAGAAUAUUACAGUGAAGCUGAUGCCAGUCAUUGUAUACAGCAGAUUCUAGAAAGUGUAAAUCAUUGUCACCUAAAUGGCAUAGUUCACAGGGACCUGAAGCCUGAGAAUUUGCUUUUAGCUAGCAAAUCCAAGGGAGCAGCUGUGAAACUGGCAGACUUUGGCUUAGCCAUUGAAGUUCAAGGAGACCAGCAGGCAUGGUUUGGUUUUGCUGGCACACCUGGAUAUCUUUCUCCAGAAGUUUUACGUAAAGAUCCUUAUGGAAAACCAGUGGAUAUGUGGGCAUGUGGUGUCAUUCUCUAUAUCCUACUGGUGGGGUAUCCACCGUUCUGGGAUGAAGACCAACACAGACUCUACCAACAGAUCAAGGCUGGAGCUUAUGAUUUUCCAUCACCAGAAUGGGACACAGUGACUCCUGAAGCCAAAGACCUCAUCAAUAAAAUGCUUACCAUCAACCCUGCCAAACGCAUCACAGCCUCAGAAGCACUGAAACAUCCAUGGAUCUGUCAACGUUCCACUGUGGCUUCCAUGAUGCACAGACAGGAGACUGUGGACUGCUUGAAGAAAUUCAAUGCUAGACGAAAACUAAAGGGUGCCAUUUUGACAACUAUGUUGGCUACGAGAAAUUUUUCAGCAGCCAAGAGUUUGUUGAAGAAACCAGAUGGAGUAAAGGAGCCCCAAACUACUGUAAUCCACAACCCUGAUGGAAACAAGGAGUCAACUGAAAGUUCAAAUACAACAAUUGAGGAUGAAGAUGUGAAAGCACGAAAGCAAGAGAUUAUCAAGGUCACUGAACAACUGAUUGAAGCCAUCAAUAAUGGGGACUUCGAAGCUUACACAAAAAUCUGUGACCCGGGUCUUACUGCCUUUGAACCUGAAGCUUUGGGUAACUUAGUGGAAGGGAUGGAUUUUCACCGAUUCUACUUUGAAAAUGCUUUGUCCAAAAGCAAUAAACCAAUCCACACUAUUAUCCUAAAUCCUCAUGUCCAUCUGGUCGGGGACGAUGCUGCCUGCAUAGCAUACAUUAGGCUCACACAGUACAUGGAUGGCAGUGGAAUGCCAAAGACAAUGCAGUCAGAAGAGACCCGCGUGUGGCACCGCAGGGAUGGAAAGUGGCAGAAUGUUCAUUUUCAUCGCUCGGGGUCACCAACAGUACCCAUCAAGCCACCAUGUAUUCCAAAUGGGAAAGAAAACUUCUCAGGAGGCACCUCUUUGUGGCAAAACAUCUAAGGCCUGAAAACCAUUCACAUAUGGGUCUUCUAAUUAUCAACGUGCCACUUCUGCAUUCUUUGUUCUCAAAGCACCGGAUGGUAACCCUGGGCCGUCCUCUCCUCCUCUUCAUGCAUGUUUCCGAGUGCAUGAAGUUGUGAAGGUCCUACAUGUUAUGCAUACGUGAUGCAUCAUCUAUCAUAUAUUCCUUCCUGUACAUUGUUUACACUUCAACGAUGGGGAUGUUCCAUGCAAACUGAAAUUACUGUUGGCAACCAAUAGGGGGAGGUCAGACAAAAAAAAAAUCCCAGGAUAUUCCAAGUACAACUAUUCAUCUAGUUUCUCUGUUUAUGCCAAGAUUUAAUGUAACAGACUUAAAAAAUUAUUGUUCUCUGAACGACAGUUUGUAAGAGAUAUGUAAAUUUUUUAGAACUCUGUUUUGGCUUGUUUGUUUUUUUAAAAAGGCAAAAAUAUAUAUAUCUAUAUCUAUAAAUAUAUAUAUACUUUCAGUUUCUGGGUGUGAUCCUGGUUGAAAUGGGUGAUUUUUCACUGAAAGCUUUGCUGUUGAACAAUUAAAGUGGGUUGAUAUGUGGGCAAAAAAAAAAAAAAUCACAUAUGCGUGUAGAAGCAAGAAUCAGUUGGUUAACUGCCAUCUAAAGCCAUGAUGUAUUUAGUCAAAGUGUAAACUGGAAAAAUUCACAUCACGUAUGAGUUUGAUCAUUUUAGAACAUACACUGUUCUAGUGGAUUUGCUGAAUUGAUUUUUGUUUUCCUUUCUCAACUCUGUCCUCUGCUCUCUUCAUUUUAUCCCAUUUCUUUGUUACUUUUGUAUGCUUCCUUUUUUAUUAUUCUUUUGUUCUUUCAUUCUUUUCCUUCUUUCUCUUGUGGAUAGCAAUGUGUCAGAAUAAAAGUGAAAUUUGCAGAACAAUGGUAAAAUAAAAACUGAGGUAUUUUGGAGGGAGCUAAAAGCACUUUUGGUCAUCUUCUGGGCCCACAGAACUUAAAAAUAAUUGAAUAAAAAUAAAGUUUAAAUAAAGCUUAAGCUCUGGUUUGGACUUAAGUAUCCCAACUAUGUGGGAGGUAUUGGAAUUGUUGAAACUUAGACACCAGGUUAGUCCUUGUAAACUACAGUGCACCCUACUAAUUGGGAUGGAUGCCAGGAAAAUAGCAAGCUGAGAGUGGAUUAGGUUUUUGUGCAAAAGCACUUGUUUUGUGCAAAAGCACUCAUUUCCACCUUGUGAAAGUGUAGGGCCCCUCCUGCCUCACCAUUAGCUAGCGCUCUAAAGUUAGAGAGCUUAGAGAUGUUUCCACUCUCAUAAGCAUUUUGAACUUGAUCUUUGCAACUUGUGCUUUUUUAGCUUUUCUCUUGAUUCAGAAUAUCAUUCUCCCCCUCCAAGGAGUUAGGAUUUUCCAGUUUAAAAUAAAAAGCAAAGGGAAAUGUCCCGGUUUUCUUUGUGCUUCUCAUUUCUCCUUUGUUGAUUCAAUUCCUGUGAGGUUUUUUCUCUUCCCUGAAAUACUUUCUAGUGCAUGGAAUCUCCAUCAGCAUUAUUUUAACCAUAGUUACAGUCCUCAGAAGCCUAUUUUUUAAAGCAGAAGGAAAACAAAACAAAAAAAAAACAACCCUCCCUCUUUUCUCUCAUUUCACCUUUCUGUGUUGAUUACUAAUAACCUUAGAUAUUGUUGCUAGUGGACGUAUGGUAGAUGGGUUGAAGCUUUUCUGAUAAUUAUUACACAAUUUAAAACAACAUGUAUUUAAAAUAAAUAUAUACAUUAUAUGUAUUGAGCCAUGUUAACCUGCCAAUGAGAUCUGUGAAAAAAUAAUGGCCUCAUUUUUCCCUUUUUAAUUUCUUUUACCUUUUUUGUGAAGCGGCUCUACGUGGCAUACAU